UGGUAGUGCAUCAUCAUGGAUGAAAGCUCAGACUUGUAAUACUGGGUCAUCAGGUAAAAACACAUUUCCAUGGAUCUAACGCACAAACACAUGCUGAUGAUUCGUGCCAAGCUGAAGAAACUAAAACACGAGCUUCUUGGACACACAGCAAGUCUGCUUUCUUAUGAAGGCAUCUGUGGGACAAACGUGGUGACGGAAGGAAAGCUGAAGCUGUCCAAGCACCCCUGUAGCCUCGGAUCACCCACCGCAGUCGUCACACCUCGCUGGCAUCACUGUAAACGAGCCUUUAACUCCUUAAAGGUAGGUAGUCUAUGAUUACUGACUCGCUUUAAGAAGAAAAGUUCCAUGUGACCAAACUAGGAAAUGGAUGAGUCUGCAGAAUCCUCGGUUCGCUACUACAAUUCCCAGAAUGCCGCGGUGGCUUUCCGUUCGACUCUGUAGAGCGCCGUGUGUGGUAACCUGUAAUCAUGGAGGUGACGGCAGCCCGCCGCUCGUUUCUGUGCGACAUCGGCUUCUGGGCAGACCGCACUGCUCUGCACGAAGCAGCAUCCCACGGCAGGACUUUGCAGUUGAAGCAGCUGAUAGAAAACGGAGCGUCCGUCAACAUGGUGACUGUGGAUAACAUCACUCCUCUACAUGAAGCCUGCAUCCAGGCUCAUCCAAACUGUGCUCGCCUGCUGCUGGAGGCAGGAGCCCAGGUGGAUGUACGCACCAUCCAUGGUAGCACGCCUCUUUGUAAUGCUUGUGCUGCUGGCAGCCUGGAAUGUGCCAAGCUGCUGCUGGACUAUGGAGCCAAGGUGAACCCGUCCCUCACAGCCCUCACUGCCUCACCGCUCCACGAGGCCUGCAUACAAGGUAACCCCCAAGUUGUGAGACUGCUGAUAGCCAGCGGUGCCAAGCUGGAGGCAUUUGACGUCCACUUUGGGCCUCCCCUUCACAUAGCAUGUGCUAAAGAACAUCUGAAUUGUGUCAAGGAGCUGCUAACUGCAGGUGCUAAUGUGAAUUCAGUGAAGUUCCAUGAAAUGGCGUUGCAUCACGCAGCUCGGGUCAGUAUGGUGGAAAUGAUUGAGCUGCUGGUGGAGUUUGGGGCCAAUGUGUACGCCAGCGACAACCUGGGAAGGAAGCCUAUAGACUACACAACACCUGCAUCUCCCUCGUACACCUGCCUCAGGUUUUAUGAAAGUAAUCCUUUGAGCCUGCAGCAGCUUUGCAGGAUUGCUGUGAGGAGGAUGCUGGGUACCAGAGCAUCGGAGGUCCUGAGCCAGCUGAAUAUAUCCCACCGCAUCAACAGCUACCUCCAGUACUGUGAUCGUCCCAUAUCCCUACAGACUUACACAUGAACAUUUAGUGUACAAGGUUUAAAAUGCCCCCUGAAAAAUGUUUGCCAUUCAGAUGAAACACGUGUAACCAGGAUGAAAAUCUCUGUACGGAGUCAGUUCAACACUGUAUGUCAAAUUAAAGCAAUUCAUUGCUGAAUGAGAA